UUAUUUAAAUUAAAAAAUGUAUAAAAUUUAAGAAAAUAACGGAUCUUUAAUUUCCAAACGGAAGCUCAAAUCAAUCUCUUGUUUUCCUUCCUCUCAAUCCUCACCCUCAUCCUCUCAAAAUCCUCUCACCUUUCUGAUUAUUUGCACCUGGCGGCAUUGGAUCCCGCUUGCUCUUUUACAUAUACACUAGUAUAUGCUCCUUGCCUCCUCAUCGCACGAUUGCUUUCCUUCUCUAUGUCAGUGGCCUCUUCAAGCCCAGAUGCUUGUCGUCUUUGUUGCUAAUUUUUCCCCAAUGGCGUGCCAAUACAGUCGCAACACCCCUUCCCCACCCCCCACCAUCCCCCCUCCCCCUCCGUAAAAACAAAAAAACAAAAAAAAAAAAAAAAACUCUAAACAUUAAAAACUAACAGGAAGUUGACAUUUACAUGUUUUUAAAUAUUAAAAUGCGCAGACUCGAUACUUCAAUUAUAUUUUCUCCUAAAUUUAAAUUUCAAAGAAAAUUGGAUGUGUUUGUUUUGUUUCAACUGCUCAAGGAGUGGUGGUAGAACAUAUAUGGUCACUUCAUUCGUGUAUCUAUCUUUCUUUUAUAUGCCUGCCAUUUUUCAUAUAGGGAAAUAUGGGGUCUGCUCUGGAUGAAAUCAGACAAAUAUUGCACGUGAGCUGUGAGGCAUAUUGUUUCGGACAUGACAGAUAUAUUAAACUUGGACUUUUGCAUUUGGCACUCUGAAUUCUGUAACAACUUAUGGCUAUUUUCUCCAAGUCUAAGCUUUGGAGGAGUACACACCAAACUACCACAUUUCUAUUGGAAACAAAUCUCGAGUUGAAGACUUUUGAGUAUGAGAUCAUAUUCAGAUUUCUUCAAUCAAUAUUGAGGCGCUAUGAUUGAUUUAUUAAAUACUUGGAGAUUAAUGGUGGAUUAAGUCUUGAUUAUUGUAAGCUCAUAAUCUUGAACCUUGACUACAAACAAAAGUUUUUGGGUUCCACCGCCCAUGUGAUUUAGACGACAAUGGUCAAUGAUGCCGCUCUGUGAUCAUGUGGUUCAUAUCUUUCAUUCAAGUAAUCGAUUCAGAACUCGUCAGAGUGCAGCUGGUGCAUCGGAUUCCUUAAUUUCAGUUGGUAAAUUGCACCAGAUUGCAGAAGCAUCGGUUUUGUCACUGAAGAUAAGUAGCUAAACAAAGCAAAUAUUUAUUUAAACAAAAAGAAUGAAAAAUCAAAAGCUAGGUUAUAGUGGGAAGUCUAUUUUCACUAUAAAACAGGAGCGAAGGGCUUCCCUCUCUUUCGUCUACACAGAAACACAAUAAUGGCACUGAAGCUGCAUGGACCAGCCAUUUCCACAAACACCUCUCGUGUCAUAAUUUGUCUCCAUGAGAAAGAAGUAGAUUUUGAGCUCGUCCCUCUUGAUCUUUUCUCCGGCGAACAUAAGCACCCCCAUUUCCUAGCCAAGAACCCCUUCGGUCAGGUCCCAGUACUUGAAGAUGGUGAUCUCACUUUAUUUGAAUCUAGAGCAAUCUCAGCAUACAUAGCUGAAAAAUACAAGGAAACUGGCUAUGAUCUAUUAAGGCACCAAAACCUGCAAGAAGCUGCAUUAGUGAAGGUAUGGAUGGAGGUAGAAUCCCAGCAGUUCCACCCUGCAAUAGCUCCAAUUGUGUACCAAUUUUUCGUGGAUCCGCUUAAUGGUGUUUCCCCUGAUCAAGCAAUCAUCGACGCCAACUUAGAGAAGCUAGGGAAGGUGCUGGACAUAUAUGAAGCUAGGCUGAGUAGCUCCAAGUACCUCGCAGGGGAUUUCUACAGCUUGGCUGAUCUUCACCACCUUCCAUACACUUAUUAUCUCAUGAAAACUGCUGCAGCUUCACUCAUAAAUGAACGUCCCCAUGUGAAGGCUUGGUGGGAGGACAUUUCAUCCAGGCCAGCUUCCAAGAAAGCUGCAGAAGGUAUGACUUUUGGUGAGAAAUGAAACUUGAAGACUCGAGUAUUUGAAGAGCUAGCUAGCUAGCUAGCUUUUCUAAAAUUGUGGUUUUAAUGUGUUGGAUUUGUACCCAAUAAAAAAUUCUCUUCUACAUGGUUAAUUUUUUCGAUACUUGAGGUAAUAUCAUUGUUCAAAAUUAUAUUAAUCAUAUCUCAAUUUGAAUGGUUUUGCUUUC